AUGGCAAGUUUAUUUACUUCUUUGGCCAGAAAGGCACCGCAACUUAUGAAAGUAGCAACCCCAGUACUGAGGCAAAAUUUGGCAAGAAAUAUCAGUUUAUGUCCACAAUUACUUGGCCCAAAAGUACAACAACCAGCUCCAGAAUUUAGUGGCGUGGCUGUUAUAAAUGACAGCUUCAAAAAUAUCAAAUUGAGCGACUACAAGGGAAAAUAUGUAGUGUUAGUCUUUUACCCACUAGAUUUCACUUUUGUAUGCCCAACGGAACUUAUAGCAUUGGAUGAAAGAAUCGAUGAUUUCAAAGCUUUAAAUGCUGAAGUCAUUGGUUGUUCCAUCGACUCACAGUUCAGUCAUUUGGGUUGGAUGAACACCAAACGUUCGGAGGGGGGUUUGGGAAAGCUUCGUUACCCACUAUUGUCCGAUAUUAAUAAGGAUAUAUCAAGGAGCUAUGACGUUUUGAUUGAGCAAGAAGGUAUCGCUCUAAGAGGAAUGUUUAUAAUUGACCCCAAUGGCAUUUUAAGACAAAUUACAAUUAACGAUUUGCCCAUUGGAAGGUCAGUUGAUGAAGCUUUAAGAAUAAUAGAAGCUCUUAAAUUUGUAGAAGAACAUGGAGAAGUGUGUCCCGCAAAUUGGAAAAAAGGCGGAAAAACCAUAAAACCUGAUCCAAAAGCUUCAAAAAGUUACUUUGAAUCGGUAAAUAAGUAA